UAAUAUGGCCCAGCGUCAAGUCUCUCCUUUUGUCUUUCACUUUACUCUCUCACUACCGUUCCUUUUUUGAACAAUCUCUCUCACUCUCUAUCUCUCUCAUUCUUAUACACAUCCUUUUUCUUUCUCUUCUCAAUCACAAUGAAUGGACUCUAGUCACCACACCACACCACAUAGCUUGAGAAAUGGGUUCAGAAGCUUACACAAAAUCACCACCCAACUCAUCUUCUGAGUCCCUCAAUGGCUUGAAAUUCGGCCACAAAAUUUACUUUGAGGAUGUGGGUUUGGCUACUCCUGCCAGUGCCACCUCCGUUGCCGGUUCCUCCGGUUCAAAGAAAGGAAGAGGUGGUUCGGUUCAGCCGGCUCAGCCACCUAGGUGUCAAGUUGAAGGAUGUAAAAUAGAUCUGAGUGAUGCCAAAGCUUACUAUUCUAGACACAAAGUCUGCGCCAUGCAUUCCAAAUCCCCUACCGUCGUUGUCUCUGGUCUCCAACAACGGUUUUGUCAACAGUGUAGCAGAUUUCAUCAGCUUCCUGAGUUUGAUCAAGGGAAAAGAAGUUGCAGGAGGCGACUAGCUGGCCAUAACGAACGUCGGAGAAAGCCCCCGCCCAGCUCCCUCUUAACCUCUCGUUAUGCCAGACUUUCUUCAUCUAUUUUUGAUAAUAGUGGCAGAGGUGGCAGCUUUCUGAUGGAAUUUGCUUCAUACCCAAAGCUUAGUCUGAGAAAUUCACAUUCAACUCCUAGAUCACUUUCAUCUGAGCUAGUUCCUGGAAAUCAAACCACAACACAUAGCUGGCAGGGCAACUCAGAGACACCAUCUGACCUCUUCUUGCAAGGUUCAGUGGUUGGGACAAGCUUCCCUGGUCCCAGACAUCCUCCAGGGGAAAAUUACACUGGAGUCACAGACUCAAGCUGUGCUCUCUCUCUUCUGUCAAGUCAAACAUGGGGUUCUAGAAACACAGCACCAAGUCUUGGGUUGAAUAACAUGUUAAAUUUCAAUGGGACACCCAUGACGCAACUUGCUGCAUCUUCUCAUGGUGCAGCCAUCCAUCAACUUCCGAAUACCUCGUGGUGUUUCAAGGACAUUGAUCCCGGUAACUGCUCACACACGGUUGUGUCUGAUCUAGGUCUCGGUCAAAUGUCGCCACCUCUCAACAGCCAACUUCCUUGUGAGCUCGAUCUGUCCCAGCAGGGAAGGAGGCAUUAUAUGGAUCUAGAACAGCCCAGAGCCUAUGAAUCUCCUCACUGGUCACUUUAAUGCACUUGUUUGUUGUCAAG